ACAACCAUGUGCCUCAUCACGUACCAGUUGCCAUUUUGGCACCUAAUGCUGAGUCCCCAUGUUCAUUGAUCUGCCAUUUCAGGGAUAACUUCUCCCGCUUAAUCACGAUUACACUUAGGCAAGUGCUAAUUCUCUGUCAAGAGCACUGUCAUUCCUAGCCGCUGCUCAGCAAUAGAAAAACAUAUUCACAGAGGGGCAGAGGAAAGGUCGGUAUAAAGACCACCAGCUUUUCGAGAUACCACCGGCCUUUUUCAGGGAGAAGCCACUCCAUCUUUCUUUUUUUCCUUUUUCCAACUUUCUUCUUCUUCCUCCUCCUUCUCAUUCUGAUCUGGAACAAUGGCGACAGAAGACGAAGAGCGAGAAGCAGCAGAUGGGACGGAAGUCCCAGUGGAAGCUGUGGUUUUGGGAACAUUCCAUUUGCAUGCACACCCAGAAGGCAAGCUUUCAUCUCUGAUGGAUAUCAAGAGCAUGGGAGAAACCAUCGAUUCAACUGAAGGAACGUUGAAGAUUCCAGAGGAUCAAGUUUUAGUAGAAGCACCCUCUGAUGUCCAACUUCCUCCAGAACAUAAUCUAAAUGGUGAAGCAUCUUCUUUGAAUGGCCAUACAGACAAAGAAGAGAAGGUUUCAGUCGAGCAGCCACAUGACAAUGAUCAGGAAGAAGCAGAACUAGAUCAGAACAACAGAAUCAACAAAGAAGAUGCGGCUGAUGGUUUAAGUCAUGGAGAGAGCACAACAGAAGACAGCUGCCUUCUGAAGCACAAGAAAGAUGAAGAAUCCAAGGGUGAUGAACAACAAGAUUUAGGUGUUACAGUGGAUGAUGACUUGGUGCAGGAAGACACGCUGAAAACUGACAAUGCUAUUGAGCAAACAGAUGAUGGUCAGCAAGACCAGGAUCAAGAACCUGAAAAGGCAAACGAGAACACAGAACCUGCAAGCAUCGCAAACAAUGACGAUGUUGAGAUUGUAGCUGAGACACCUACUGGACUCCAAGCUCCUGUGGAGUCACGUAUGAAUGAUUCUGAUGGCAUUCCGGAGACUAUUGAUGAAGAGACAGAAACAGAUGAACCAGCUCAGGCAGAUGGCGUUGUUCAUCCUGAAGACGUGGCCAAAGUAGAAGAUCAACAGAGUCAACAAGAUGACACGGUGGAUGCAGAUGUGGCCCCAGAAGAGGUUAAAUGUGAAGAAACUGAUCAGCAGGAAGAGAAGCCCAAAUCUGAAGCUCAUGAGCCAACGAUUGAUACUCGAGAAGCGUUGAAUCAAGAACCUGCUGAAGAAACUGAUGACUCGAUGAAUAAAAAGAUUGAAGAAACUGCACACCAGAGGAACAUGGCAGCUCCAAAGGAGACAACACUAGAACAUGAAGCAACAAUGAGUGCUACACCAGUAAAUACACAAGUGCAGGACCAGGAACCAUUAGAAGAAAUAGAAGAUACCGAAAAAGGAAUCCAACCAAGCAGUGGUUCUGGGGAUGCAAUUCCAGAAGAUCAAUCUAAUUUAAGUGUUACUAUAGACAAUGACACUGUGAAUGAGGAUACAGUGAUAGGUAUUGAGCAACAGGAUGAUGGUCAGCAAGAUGAGGAUCUAGAACCAGAAAAGGCAACUGAGGAUACACAACCUGCAAGCAUGACAAACAUUCCCCAGGUUGAGGUUGUAACUGAAGCAUCUUCUGGAGUCCAAACUCCUGGGGACCUGAAUCUCAACAACUCUGAUGCUGUUCCAGAUACUAUUGAUGCAAACACAGAAACAGAUGAGCCAUCUAAAGCACACUCUGUUGUUCAUCCUGAAAAGAAAGAGAGAUUUCUAGAAGACGCAACCACUGAGGAACCUACAGAAGAGGUGGUCAAAGUAGAAGCUCAACAGAGCCAGCAAGCAGAUGUGAUGGAUGCAAACAUGGUGCAGGAAGAGGUGCCUAAAUCUGAACAUGCUGAUGAGCCAGCAACUGAUGCUUUUGAAGUGCUGAAUCAAGAAUCUGUUGAUGAGCCAGCAAUUCAAGCACCUGUAACUAUUCAAGUGCAGAACCAGGAACCAUUAGAAGAAAUAGAACUUGCUGAAGCAGUUGAUACUGAAGCAACAGUGCAACAAAGCAGUGCUGCUUUUGAGGAGUCGGUUCCAGAACAUCAAUGUAAUUUAGGUGCUACACAUAACACAGAGCAGGAAGACACGCUGGAAGCUAGUGGGCAAUCAAAAGGAGGUCAGGAAUACCAAGACCUAGGACCAGAAAAUGCAACUGAAAACACACAACAAGCAAGCAUGACAAAUAUUCUUGAUGUUGAGGUUAUAACUGAAACACCCUCUGGAAUUCAAACUCCCAUGGAGAUCAAUCUGGUUAUCUCUGAUGCCAUUCCAGAUGCAACUGAUGGAAACACAGAAACAGAUGAACCAGCUAAAGCACACACUUUCGUUCAUCCUGAAAAGAAUGAAGUCUUUCCAGAAAAUACAUUUACCACCAAACCUACAGCAGAGGUAGUCAAAGUAGAAGAUCAGCAGAACCAGCAAGAUGAUGCAAUGGAUGCAGAAGUGGUGCUGGAAGAGGUGCCUAAAUCUGAACGUGCUGAUGAGCCAGCAACUGAUGCUCUUGAAGUGCUGGAAUCUGUUGAAGAAACUGAUGACCCAAUGAAUGAAAAGACUGAAGAAACAACCCAACAGAGCAACAUACCAGCAUCUGAGGAGACAACGGCAGAAUAUGACGCGACAAGGGAGCCACCUGCAAAUAAUCAAGUGCAGAACAAGGAACCAGUAGAUGAAAGAGAAUCUACUGUAGAAGAAAGAGAAGUUGCUGAAGCAGUUGAUACUGAAGCACCAGUGCAACAAAGCAGUGUUGCUUUUGAUGAGGCAGUUCCAGAAGAGCACCAUAAUUUAGGUGUUGCAAAUAACACAGUGCAAGAAGACACAAUGGAAGCCACUGGACAAACACAAGAAGGUCAGCAAUACCAAGAUCUAGGACCAGAAAAUGCAGCUGAGAACACACAACCUGCAAGCACGGAAAACAUUCCUGAUGUUGAGGUUAUAACCAAAGCACCUUCUGAAAUUCAAAGUCCUGUGGAGAUCAAUCUGGACAUCUCUGAUGCCAUUCCAGAUACUAACGAUGGAAACACAGAAACAGAUGAGCCAGCUAAAGCAAACACUGUCGCUCGUCCUGAUACGGAAGAGAGCUUUGCAGAAGAUACAUCUACUGGACCUACAGAAGAGGUGGUCACACUAGAAGAUCAACAGAGCCAACAAGUUGAUGCAAAGGAUGCAGACGUGGUGCAGGAAGAGGUGCCUACAUCGGAGCACACCGAUGAGCCAGCAACCGAUGCUGUUGAAGCGCUGAAUCAAGAAUCUGAUGAAGAAACAGAUGGCCCAGUAUAUGAAAAUACUGAAGAAACAACACACCAGAGCAACAUGCCCGCAUCUGAGGAGACACUACCAGAAAAUGAUGUGACAACAAGGGAGCCAUCUGUAACUAUUCAAGCACAGAACCAGGAAUCAUUAGAAGAAAGAGAAGUUCAUGAAGCAGUUGAUACUGAAGCAACAGUUCAACCAAGCAGUGCUUCUUUUGAGGAGUCAGUUCCAGAACAUCAACAUAACUUAGGUGCGACAAAUGACACAGUGCAGCAAGACACACUGGAAGCAACUAAGCAAACAAAAGGAGGUCAGCAAUACCAGGAUCUAGGACCAGAAAAUGCAACUGAGAACACACAACCUGCAAGCAUGGCAAACAUUCCUGAUGUUGAUGUUAUAACCAAAGCAUCUUCUGGAAUUCAAACUCCUGUUGAGAUCAACCGGGACAUCUCUGAUGCCAUUCCAGAUGCUACUGAUGGAAGCACAGAAACAACUGAACCAGCUAAAGCGCACAGUAUCAUUCAUCCUGAAAAGAAAGAGAGCUUUCAAGAAGAUACAUCUACCGCAGAACCUACAGAAGAGGUGAUCAAAGUAGAAGAUAGACAGAGCCAGCAAGCUGAAGCAAUGGAUGCAGACGUGGUGCAGGAAGAUGUGCCUAAAUCUGAACAUGCUGAUGAGCCAACAGCUGAUGCUCUUGAAGUGCUGAAUCAAGAAUCUAUUGAAGAAACCAAUAGCCCAGUGAAUGAAGAGACUGAAGAAGCAACCAACCAGAGCAACAUGCCAGCAUCUGAGGAGACAAUACCAAAAUAUGACGCGGCAACAAGGGAUCAACCUGUAAAUAUUCAAGCGCAGAACCAGGAACCAGUAGAUGAAGGAGAAGCUACUGUAGAAGAAAGAGAAGUGGCUGAAGCAGUUCAUACUGAAGCACCAGUGCAACAAAGCAGUGUUGCUUUUGAGGAGGCAGUUCCAGAAGACCAACAUAAUUUAGGUGUUGCAAAUAAUACAGUGCAAGAAGACAUGAUGGAAGCUACUGGGCAAACAAAAGAAGGUCAGCGAUACCAAGAUCUAGGACCAGAAAAUGCAAUAGAGAACACACAACCUGCAAGCACGGCAAACAUUCCUGAGGUUGAGGUUAUAACCGAAGCACCUUCUGGAUUUCAAACUCCUGUGGAGAUCAAUCUGGACAUCUCUGAUGCCAUUGCAGAUACUACUGAUGGAAACACAGGAACAGAUGAACUAGUUAAAGCAGAAGGUGUUAUCCAUCCUGAAAACAAAGAGAGUUUUCUAGAAGAUACAUCUACCACAGAACCUUUAGAAGAGGUGGCCAAUGUAGAAGAUCAGCACAACCAGCAAGCUGAUGCAAUGGAUGCAGACGUGGUGCAAGAAGAGGUGCCUAAAUCUAAAGCCGAUGAGCCAGCAACUGAUACCCUUGAAGUGCUCAAUCAAGAAUAUGCUGAAGAAACCAGUGGCCCAGCGAAUGAAAAGAUUGAAGAAACAGCCAACCAGAGCAACAUGCUAACAUCUGAGGAGACAGUACCAGAGUAUGACACAGCAACAAGGGAUCCACCUGUAAAUAUUCAAGCACAGAACCAGGAAUCAUUAGAAGAAAGAGAAGCUACUGUAGCAGAAAAUGAAGUUGCUGAAGCAGUUGAUACUGAAGCACCAGUGCAACAAAGCAGUGUUGCUCUUGAGGACGCAGUUCCAGAAGAUCAACAUAACUUAGGUGCUACAAAUAACACAGCGCAGGAAGACACGCAGGACGCUAUUGGGCAAACAAAAGAAGGUCAGCAAUUCCAUGAUCUAGGACCAGAAAAUGCAACUGAGAACACACAACCUGCAAGCAUGGCCAACAUUGCUGAUGUUGAUGUAACAACCGAAGCACCUUCUGGAAUUCAAACUCCUGUGGAGAUCAAUCUGGACAUCUCUGAUGCCAUUCCUGAUACUACUGAUGGAAACACAGAAACAGAUAAACUAGUUAAAACAGAAGGUGUUAUCCAUCCUGAAAAGAAAGAGAGUUUUCCUGAAGAUACAUCUACCGCAGAACCUACAGAAGAGGUGGCCAAUGUAGAAGAUCAGCAAAGCCAGAGAGCUGAUGCAAUGGAUGCAGACGUGGUGGAUGAAGAGGUGCCUAAAUCUGAACAUGCUGAUGAGCCAGCAACUGAUGCUCUUGAAGUGCUGAAUCAAGAUUAUGCUGAAGAAACCAAUGACCCAGUGAAUGAAAAGACUGAAGAAACAGGCAACCAGAGCAACAUGCCACCAUCUGAGGAGACAACACCAGAAUAUGACACGACAACAAGGGAGCCACCUGUAAAUAUUCAAGCACAGAACCAGGAAUCAUUAGAAGAAAGAGAAGCUACUGUAGAAGAAAGUGAAGUUGCCGAAGCAGUUGAUACUGAAGCACCAGUGCAACAAAGCAGUGUUGCUCUUGAGGAUGCAGUUCCAGAAGAUCAAUAUAACUUAAUUGCUACAAAUAACACAGUACAGGAAGACACACAAGAAGCUAUUGGACAAACAAAAGAAGGUCAACAAUACCAUGAUCUAGGACCAGAAAAUGCAACUGAGAACACAGAACCUGCAAGCACGGCCAACACUCCUGAUGUUGAUGUAAUAACCGAAGCACCUUCUGGAAUUCAAACUUCUAUUGAGAUCAAUCUGGACAUCUCCGAUGCCAUUCCAGAUACUACCGAUGGAAAUGCAAAAACAGAUGAACUAGUUAAAGUAGAUGGUGUUAUCCUUCCUGACCACAAAGAGAGCUUUUCUGAAGACACAUGUGUUGUAGAACCUACAGAAGAGAUGAUAGAAGUAGAUCAACUUGGUCAACAAGCUGAUGCGAUACAUGCAGAGGUAUUGCAGGAAGAGGUGCCUGAGAUGAUAGAAGUAGAUCAACUUGGUCAACAAGCUGAUGUGAUACAUGCAGAGGUAUUGCAGGAAGAGGUGCAUAAAUCUGAACAGUCUGAUGAGCCAGGGGUCGAUGCUCAAGAAGUGCUGAACCAAGAAUCUGCUGAAGAAACUGAUGGCCUGGUGAAUGUAAAGACUGAUGAAACUGAGCACAAGAGCAACAUGGUGGUCCCUGAUGACACAAUUCCAGAACAUGAUGCACAAACGAGAGAGCCACCUGUAAAUAUUCAAGAACAAAGCCGGGAAUCAGUAGGAGAUGCUGAAGCAGUCAAUACUGAAGCAGAAAUGCAACAAAACAGUGUUGCUUUUGAGGAGACAACUCCAGAAAACCAUGUAGCAACCUCAGAGCCAUGUUCUGAAAUCCAACAUGCACAUCAUGUGGAACCAGAGGAAAUCAAUGGCCCUGAAGAUGGCAAAGAUGAUGAGAUCACCAACAUGAGCAGCAGAGAAUAUCUAGUUCGAGAUAAUGUUCUGCAGAGUGGACCAAUAAUAGAUAUACAACCAGUUCAGGAGUUGGAACAAAUUAAAACGGAUGAAGCUUCUAACCAGACUCAUGCUGUUAUCUUCAAUGACCUAGCUCAGGAAGAUGCUACAGCAACAAGUGAACCACAAGUGACUGAAACAGAACUAAAGGACAUUGAAGCCACUGAAGCUGAAGAAAUCACCAAACUUGACCAUGUUACUCAUUCCAAGGAACUUGCAGUAGAAAAUGAUUCAACAGCAGAUGAACCACAUAAGGGUGAAAUCCAUCAAACUCUUGAACAAGAUUUAGUUGAAGUUAAGGACACUGGAACUUACCAUGAAAAAACAAUAUCUACUUCAGAGGACACAGUACAAGAUAAUUUGACAGAAGAUGAGCCAAGUUUUGGUAGUCAAGAAGUAGAUGAUGCAGAGUCAACAGAAGAAACUAAGCAAAACAUAGCUGAGAAUAUUGCAGAAGUCUCUGAUGUGGCGAUUGUUGAUGACGCAAUUGAACAGAAUGUGCUACAGACUGAGGAUAUCGUUGAAAUGCAUAAACAGGAGCUGGAACGAGAAGAAACAGAGAGAAUAGAACCUGUUGAAUCAGAGGAAGCUUCUGAUCAGAGGAAUGAUGCACCAUUCGAUUAUUCAGCUCGAGAAGAUAAUACAAAGGAAAGUGAGAUACAGCAGACAGAAUCAGCAACGGAAACAAAUGAAAUUGAACCCACUGAAAUUGAAGCAGUUCCUCGAGAAAGCAAUACCUGUGUUUCAGAGGAGCCUUCUCAAGAAGAUCAUAUAAAAGAAAGUGAAACAAGUUUUGACAAUCAAGAAGUGAACAUCACAGAAUCUUCAGAAGUAAAUGAUAGUCACAAAGAUAUAAUAUCUGGAGGAAUCUCUGACCCAAGCAACACAGCUUCUGCUGGGGAUUCAUCUGAAGGAAGCAAUGUCCCUGAAGGCGAGCCACCUGAACAGGCUGUGCAGGAACUGGGAUCAGAGGAGAUAAAGAACACUCAAAUUGAUGAAGUGAAUGAAACAUCCCUUGAAAUGAAUGCUACUGUCUUUCAGAUACCAAGUCAAGAAGAAAAUCCAGACACAACCAAAUUGCAUGAAUCAACAGAGGUGAGCAACAUUGAAGCCACAGAAAUGCACGGAAACCCCCACCAAAGUGAUCUGGCUGCUCAGUCAGAGGAGCAAACAACAGAAGGAAUAUCAAGUGGUCUGAAACCAGAAUCAAUUGAAGGUAAUGAUACAGAAGCCAAAAAAUGUCAAAGUACCUCUCAGGAAAAAACAAUCUCUGCCUCUGAGUCUGUCCCAGAAGAUGCAACCACUGAACCAGAUGUUGAUCACCAACAACUUCAGGAUCAAGAAUCUGCCAAACUCAAGGAAACCGAAGCUGAUAAAUUUCAAGAAAUUGUCUCAUCUAACACUCUUUCUUCUGAGGAGUUCACAUCAACAGAACCAAGUUCUGACACCGAAGCAGACAAUUCACAGUUAGCAGAAGAAACUGAGGACACCGAAAUUGUGAAAAGUAAUACUGCUCUUGCUGAGGCAGCAGCUCCAGAAACAGAUGCAACUGCUGAUACAUCAUCUUUCCAUGAGACAGAUCUAGAAGAGAACAAGGACACAGGAACAAUUGAAACAGAGGAUGGUAUGGUAUCAAGUGACUAUACAUCAGAAAAGAUGGACACGGAAACCAUGGAGACUGAAGCAGUCCCUCAUGAUAGUAGUGAUGCAAAUAUAAAAGAACACACUGAAGACGAUACUUCAACACCAAAUGCCCCACAUGCUGGUACUGAACCUGUUCAUGAGCUAGAAUCAGUUGAAGUCAGCGCUGACACAACGGAACAUCCAGGAGAGACCCAUGACUCUGCUUCUGAUGAGCUUACUCCAACAGAAGAAAAUACAGCAGUAACAGAACCAUCUUUUAGUACACAGGAAGUGCAGAAUCUGACAUCUCAAGAAAUCAAGGACAGCGAAGAUGACAAAACUGAUGAAUUCUCAGAUAUCAAUAGCUUUCCUAUUCCUGGAGAGGCAGACCAAGUACCAAGAAGUGAAACAACUCCUGAUGUCCAAGAAGUGGAAGAACUGGGUUUAACAGAAGAAACAAGAGACAUUGAAGCCAUAGAGCCUGGAGAUCAGCAAGAAGACAUAGUUUCUACCCUUGAGAAGCCAGAAAUAGACGGUGAACCAAGUGCUGAUAAUCAGCAGGUUCAUGAGGACAAACUACCAGAAGUGGAAGACAAUAAAGCAAUUGAAGCUGAAGCCUCCAAGCAAAGUAAUAUUGCCACUCCUGAUAAUGCAGCUGAAGAAAGGAAUGAACUGGAAAGUGAUCCAGAUCCAUAUGCCCAGCCAGCAGAACAGGUAGAAUUAUCCAAAGACAAUGAGAACAGCCAGCUUGUGAAGACAGAAGAAACCUCAGACCAAAGCAAUUUUGUCGUCCUUAGAAGGACUACAGAAGAUUCUGUUGCAAGAGAAAUUGACCCACCUGUUGCCAUUAAACAAGAGCAACCAGUGGAAGAAAUCAAGGGUGUCGAUGCCACUGAAGCUGAAGAAGACUUUCGUACAACCCAAGCUGUUGCAAUAGAGAAACUAGCUUCAGUCAAUAAAAUAGCAACAGUAGAACCGACUUAUGAUAUUCAGCGAAUGGAUGACUUGGAAGCAACAGAGGAAAAGAAGCACGCUGAAGCCAUUAAUGAAGGAGAUCAAUCCAAUAUUGCUGUUUCAGAGGAACAAACUCCAACAUAUAAUGGAGAAACACCAGAAGAUCAUCAUGUAGAAUCAAAUGAAGGAACGAUGGGGAAUGAAACUGACAAUAUCAUUUUGGCACACGGAAUCAAAGAUGAAAUACAGAAGUCAGCAGAACUAAAGGACGGUCCAUGUGAUUUGUCUGAAACUGUUUUAACAACUCGGAGAAGUGAGAACAUGAUUGAUGAAGAUAAUGUUCAAACUUAUGGCAAUGAUACAGUAGAGGCUUCAAACAGUAUCCAUCAAGUCAAAGAAGAGCCAGAUGCUGGAACCGAACAUAAUUCAAGCCAAAUGAUAAGUGAAUGUAGUGGAGAGAACGAAACUCAUGUCCAAGAUAGAGAUGUAGACAUGUGGAUUCUCACAGAAGGUGUCAUUGCAGAAGCAUCACAGGCUUUAUUGGAAAAUGAUCCUCAGGCAGCACAAGAUACUAUAGAAAAGGAUGAUACAACGAAAAGUAGUGAGCCAAUCAGUGAUCACGAUAGCAGGCAACAUUGUGAUGUAGAAGCACUUCAACAACAAAGUUGUGAGACAGAGGCCUUAUCCAUUUUGGAACAAGAUGAGGCUCUGCAAAAGAUUGACUCAGAUCAAAAGCAGAAAGAAGUUGAGGAGAUUGAAAGUCAGAAUGAUGAACUUCAGGUAGAUGAACAGAAACAUGAAGACAAGAGGGAUGAUUUAGCCAAAGAACCACUAGUGGAGUACCAGAAUUUCGAAAACAGAGCUUCAAACAACACAAAAGACAAUGAUGCAUUCAAGGUUGAACAAACAGAGGCAGCCAAUAGUGAGAUUCUCAAGAAUAAAGCCCUACAUAUAUCCAAGGAAUCCACCCCAAGCAUUAUGGCUAUGAAGGUUGAAAACAUUAAGGAAACAAGUGAAGGAACUGAAGAAGAUGAUGCUGCCAAAAAUGAUAACAAAGAUGAACAGGAGAAUGCAGAAAAUGUUGAUAUAGUAUCAAAAACUUCUACUAAUGAACAAGGCCAAACAACUGAUGAAAUUAGAAAAGAAGAGGAUCCUGUUCACAUCAUUCAAGCAUCAGAGAAAGAGAUCGCAGAUGAAAUAGAAGAAAGUAAAGAAAUACAUGAAGACAAUGCUAUUUGUCAUGAUAAAUUACAGACAAAUUCUGAAAAGGAAGAGUCACCUCAACCGCAUUCCAAUGAACCAUACAAUGUGGAUGCUAAAAUUGAUGAUACAACAUCUCUAUGCGAAGAAAUAAUCCAUGACAAUACAAGUAUAAAUCCUAGAGAAAUUGAAGAGAUAGGAGAAAACAAAGGACCAGACUUCACUUCUGAACCUUCUGUAGAAUCAUCCAUACAGAACAAUGUUGAAGACUCAAGCAGUCAUCACAAGGUUGAAGAUGAAAAGCUUUCAAUGUCUGAGAAAAAUGAUGUAGAUACUGAAGCUAUGCAAGAAAUAAAUGAUGAAUCUGGCGCGGAUAUAAACCAAACAGAACAAUGUCAAGAAGAAAUUACUGCAGAUGAUGUUCUGCAACUUGAAACAGAAGGAAAUUCAUUUGACAAGAUUGAAGAGACUGCUUCAAAUGAGGAAACAGAGACUAGUACAGCAGCCACUGAAGCAGUAACGUUCAAUGAAGAUAUUACUGACAAGGUUAGCGGAGCUGAUGGAGCACCGUCUAACGGAAGUCUCAAGACCUUUACUGACACUGGAAGGGAUAUUGAUGUUCCAUUGGUAAUUACAACAUCAAAGGAAGAAAGUGUGAACGACACUAUGGAAAACCUCAAUCUUGACCUUCCUGGACAUCAGGCACAGGAUGGCAACACCGCUGAAAAGGUGCUCAGCUUAGAGGAAAGAGAAAGAGAGAUGCCUUCAUCAGAGAAGCUCCUUCAAACUGAACCAGGAGAGAAUCAAAUUCCCAAUGAACAGGAUGAAAAGGACAUACGAGAUGAGAAUCAAACUCUAAAAGAAAAGGAUGAAGAUGACAUGCAAGAUACAGAAUUUGGAGAGGCUAAGAAAGAAGUUCAACAAGAAUUACCUGUCUCCCAUUUUCUGAUGAAUCUAAUAUUGGGAAAAGAGAGCAGUGAUGCAAAUGAAGAUUCAGAAUCUGAGGCUGCAAGGAAGCAAGGUGAAGCGACAGAAGAUGACAGCUGCACGUUCAUUUCUGAACAAGAAGAAAGUCUGGGGUCACUUCCUACAGAAAAUAAGGUGGAUGACAAUCCCACCUUUGUUGAACAAGAAAAACAUGAAGUUAAAUGCUCUGAAGAAACACAGGAAAUGGUCGAAGAACAAAGUGAUGAUCAGCUGCACACAGAAAGAUCAAUUGAAAUUGAUGAGGAUAUCAAAAAGAACACUCGUGCUUUAGAAAUACCAGCAUACCAAGACAAUCCCCAGGAUGGAAUUUCUGGUGAAUUGCAGACAGAAGAAGCAGCUGGUGUUUCUACAAAAAUGGUAACUAGAGAUAUUGAUAUUUCGAGUGUUGUGCUGGACAACAGAACAGUUGGUACUGUGUGUCAGGAAAAAAUGGAGGUAUCAACAAAAAAUGAAAAUGGAAGCUUGAGGAGCAGCCUGAAUGACUCAACAAACACAAUGGCUCCCCAAGACGAUACUCUAGGAGAAGGACAAUCAAGGCUCGUGCUUGAACCUUUACCUGAAGACAAAAGUGUUGAUGUAGUUUCUGAGCAAGCACCUUUGUUGACAGAAUCAGGAAUGACUGACGCGAAUGACUUAUCUAGCGAUACUACAAGUGCUCAAAACCCUGUGUCUACAAAACCCACUGAAUCUGCCAGAGUUGAGGCCACAUAUUCUACUGAUAUUCAACUGGAGAAUGAAGAAGUAGAUAAGAAAGAAGAGGACCAGCAUGCAAACACAACCAAAGAUGAAGUUUCUAAAGAGAUUGUAGAAAGUUCACAUAUAAAUCUGCAGAAAAUAACAAGGCCUGAAGAAAAAUCUAAUGAGCUAGAAACUCAAAUUACCGAACCAGUUUGUGACAGUCAGGCAAUUUUGGCCCAUGAAAAGGAAAUAUCUGAAGAAAACUUUCCAACAGCAGUCGAAAUUCAGGCUGAUGGUCCAAACAUGCAGAUCAACCAAGAUAAGCAAGAUGAAGCUGCUGACAUCGAAACUGAAAUGAAGCCAGAAAAAUUAGGGGAAUCUAAUUUUCAGGAACACCAGGACAAUGGUACUGAGCAAAAGUCUCCUAAAGAGACUGAUGAAGGAGACCAGCAACUUGUGGCCAAGAAAGAGAUUCUGACCCAAGAAAUGGAUGUGCAUGAGACAGUUGAAAGACCUCAGCAAGCAGUUGAAAGUCCUCAGCAAACAGUGAGCAUAACAUCCAAUGAAGACCAGGAACUGUUUGAUUCAAAGGUCCAGGAACGUGAUCUCAAUGUAGUUUCACCCAGAGAAGCUUCUGAGGCUGAAGAAAACUUUGUGGACGUAACCAAGCCAGAAUUCAGCACAGAUGAAGAACAAAGUCCAAAGGCUGAUGCAGAAGAGAAGAUUUAUGACGAGAAGAUAAAGGACAUAGAGGGAACUAAGAAUUUAACUGAUGAAGCAGCAAUAAAAACUGAAGCACCAGGAGCAGCCCAGAAGACACGUAAAAAAUAUAGCCUAUUGUCUGGCGUGGGAUCGAAGGUAAAACACCAACUCGCAAAAGUGAAGAAAGCCAUUGUAGGCAAACCUGGGCACACAAAACCAGUAUCUCCGACGGCAUAAAACUCCAGUCACCUUAGAACAUGUACAUUAUUGUAUUGUUUGUAGUCUUGUGAGCCAUUUAUUUCGGUGGUAGUGUUUGCGAUGGGCUAGGAGAAGGUCCUCUUCACAACCAUAGCAUUGGAAUUCUAUGAUGUUGCACAUGAAACACCCCCCCCCCCCCUCGAGAGUAUGUUGAAGAUGUUUGUAAAUAUGUCUAGUGUGUAAAUUCAAGUUUCCCUGAAACUUUGAGGUAGAAUCAAGGACAUGUAAUUGGUCAAUUGUUUGUAUUCUUCGUUGAAAUGCACAAGCAGUUUGUGGUCA